AUGCCAACCUCGACCCCGAGCCCAAAGAUGGCCACCACGACCUCGUCGAAGGGUGACAACGAUGGCCCAGCAGCAUCGAGGAAAGCACCAUCAGGACACGAGCAGCCCCAAACAAACCAGAUAGAAAUAGAUGUGGGCGGUAGCGAGGCAGGACUCCCACCUGGGCUCACCAUUCCUGGCCCGAUCACCAAGACCGUCGAGUGCAACAUGAUGAGCUACACGGACGGCGAGGGCAUCACCCGCCAGAUCUACAUGCCAAAGGGCACCGCCGGGCUCGCUAGUACCCUUUUGAUGGACAAGAGAUGGGAUUCUCUGGCCAAGUUCCCUGUCUGGAAUAACCAGACAUACGACGAUUGGGAGGCCGAUGAGGAAAAAUAUGCAUAUUUGCGGGAUGAAUUGGACGAUCAUCCUAAUCAAGUUUGA